AAGGGAUCCCAAACUGCGUUUUUUAGAACAAAGACCUUGCGAAUAUUUAUUUUAAAGUUAACAUAAUAAAUACAUGUAAAAUCAAGUGAAAUAUGCUUAAUGUGGGAUGUAAAACUAGAAUGUGUUCGCUUUAAAGGAUUCUGGGCUAAUUUGUGCUUCAAUUAAUCAAUAUUUCAAUCAGUUGUGUUUCCAGUUCUUGAAGAUAACGUUCACUUUAAGUAACGACGUAUUCUAUAUAAGCGGGUAGAUAUAUUAACGAACACACAUUUUCAAUUUCAAAAAAAAUAUUUUUCCAUAAUUACAGUGAAGCUAUUGAUAAAAAAAUUGUGUAACAAUGCACUAAUGUAACAAGAGCACACAGUUCUUUAAAAAUACUGUACACUGUUGUAGCAACGGCGAAUCGAAAGUGAAAUUAUUAUAUUACCAGUUUUGAUUUUCCCAAUACAAUUGCUGCGAGCUGCGUUGAAUAAAAGUGAUUUAUUAAAUAUCACAGAAAGUGUUAUGUGUGACGUUUACGUACCUGUAUUCAAUGGAUGAAUCUUCCUUCACUGCAAUCAAUGUCGAGGGAUUUCGCGUGGUAAGAGGUCCAGACUGGAAUAAAGGGGAAGAGGACGGAGGUGAAGGUCACGUGGGUUCAGUCGAAGUCGAUAACUACAAUGGCACUGUGACAGUGCAAUGGGACAUGGGAAACACGGGCACGUAUUUUACGGGCGCCGACAGGAAAUACGAACUUAUAGUUCUAGACAGUGCUCCAGCUGGAAUAAAACACGAGGACAGGCCCUGUGUUGCGUGCGAGGCAUCGGUUAUAUAUGGAACGCUCUGGCUGUGCCAAGAAUGUAACAGUUGUUACAUGUGCAACAGCUGUUACAGCUUUGAUCAUCACGAUAUCACACAUCCUUGUAAACGAGUCGAUAGACCUACAUGUGACGGGGUCGCAGUUGAUAAGAGGUCAACAAGCAUUAAGAUACGAUCAAUGGGCAUAUUUGUGGGAGCAGUGGUUAGGAGAAGAGACGAUGUAAGAUCAGCUGCAGAAUUUGGGACAGUGACGGAAGUUAUCUCGUUGGAAGAUGGCGAUAAAAGGGACGCUGUGAACGUCACGUGGCAAGAUGGCAGUACAAGCACAUGCAUGGUGGGGUUCCAAGGCAAGAUUGAUCUGGUGUGCGUGGAAGAGAUGCCUGGACUUGAGUACUAUAGAGAACAUAUGGCUGUAUUAGACACUAGUUCGUCGUCCGAAGCAUCAUCAAAAGCAGGAUCUCGGGCAGAGGACGUGGAACCCGAAUCUAAGCCGAUUGAUCCAAAACCUAAACCGAAACCCGGAGACACAGUGUGUGUUGAUGUUCAAGAAACGACAAUAAGAGAACUGCAGUGGGGUCAUGGUGGCUGGAACAAAGAAAUGAAUCAUUACAUUGGGAAGUAUGGAAAGGUGAAUCAUAUUGAGAAAAAUGGCGACUAUGUAAUCGACUACAGUGGCACGAAGUUUCGGUUUAAUCCGGAGGCUAUCAGAAAGGUUCCAAGUCUGAAAUUUGGAGACACAGUGAAACUUAUUGAAGAUGCACAAAAGGCACAAAUGCUUCAACAGGCCCAUGGUGGGUGGACAACUGAAUACGGGGAGACCCUUGGAAAAAUUGAUAAAGUUGUUAAAAUAGAUACAGAUGGCGAUGUGGCGGUUGAAUUCGGCGAUACUGCCUUUGUAUUCAACGCCGCAUGCUGUGAACCGGUAACAAAACCAAUGAUUGAUCGAAUUGAUGUUAAUAAUAGCAUUACCAGUCAACCAGAACGAAACAACUCUGAUAGAAACCUGAGAAGGGAGAAUGGGAUAAAUACGAGUCUUAAUACACGAGGAGGAGAACUUGCAAGACAUGAUCCUCUGGCGUCUGUGUUAGAAGAAAGCCUACGAGGUAUGCAGGAGUUAUUACAGAACCUGGCCAGUUUGUCUCAAGGGUUAAUGCAUGACAUGUUAAACCCAUCGCCAGCAAACAUGGGCAUAAUGCUGUUGAUGCAUUCGGCGGCCGCAAACGAUAUUGCCAUGUUAACCCAUAUUCUUCAAAACCAUCAAGAAUUGGUGAAUGCCAAACAUCAAGGUCUGACCGCACUUACAAUUGCGAGUCAUGAGGGACACACACGUGUAGCUGAGCUGCUUCUUGCAGCCGGUGCUGAUGUUAAUCUCGCCGACGAUAAAGGUCACACGGCGUUAAUGACUGCUCUUUCGAGAAGUAAGGAGGACAUAGCAUUGCUUCUAAUUCGAUUCGGUGCGGACAUCAAUAUGCGGAAUAAAACCGGAAGCAGCACUCUUCAUUUAUGUGCUAGUGGUCAAGCAAAUAAAGUGUUGGAAGUUCUACUGCAGCAAACGCCGGAUCUUAACGUGCAGGAUGAUAUCCGAGGUGACACACCACUUAAUAUUGCAAUAUUAGCAGAAAACACUGACGGAGCUUUAAUGCUUCUAGCAGAACAAACAAUUCAGUUAGACAUUCCUAAUAAGACAGGCCAUACCGCUUUUACGCUAGCAGUAAUGAGGGGAAAUGAACGAAUCGUUAAAGCCAUUGUUGAAAGAUCCCCUGACCUGGUGAUAUUACACAGUCCUGUCGGUGGAUAUAAUGUUUUGCAUGUUGCUGCAGCGAACGAUCAUUCUGAGGUUAUAAAGAUACUACUACAGGCAAAUGCUAAUGUUAACAAACUUAGUAAACAGGAUUUUAUUCCAUUACAUCUUUCCUGCAAGGAAGGCUACUUCAAAAGUGCAAAACUACUUAUAGAAGCAGGAUCUCAAGUAAAUGCAGAGGACAAAGAAGGAGAUACGCCACUGCAUCUGUGUGUGUCGCAAAUGAGAACAACAGGAUCCCCUAUGUCUAUGAUGCAUAUGCUGCUAAGACGUGGAGAUAAAUUAACAAAGGAGAUAAAAGAACGCAUCGAGUUGGGAUGUCUUCUUAUCAACCAUGGCGCGAGCAUCCAUGUCACAAAUAAAGCCGGCCUCAAACCUUUACAAGCGUGCAGACACGAUCAUAUGAAGAAUGUCCUGCUUACUUGUUCAGAAAUGCAAUCUGCCAAUAUUCAACGAUUUAGUCCGAAUAUUGAAAUUCCGUCUCGAAGAAAAGAAACAAACCUUUUUGUUAGAGUAUCCACAAGGAUAUCGACGCAUUGUGCUAACUGUAAGGAAAGAAUAGUUGACUUACUACUCCAGCCAUGUAAUCACCUUGCUGUUUGUGGCGCUUGCGCUUGCAGUUUAUCCAUAUGUCCUGUGUGCGGUGAUAAAAUCGUUGCGGACUUUGAUCGAGAUGGGAACAAGGUGACCGGGCAUAAUACCACUUCGGAAAAGAAUGCAUGCAACAUUUGCUGAUACACAUUGGAACAAAUUUGGCAUAUGCAGUUCAUGACAAAUGUAUCACGAUUGGCUUUCAGUGUUGAUCAAUGGCAUUUGGCGUCAAUGCGAGGAUAUCUUUUAAUGACAGUACAUCAUAUAUAAUUGCCCACAAAAUUAGGUUAAGUUUACGAUUCAGAACUGUUUCAGAAAAUACUGGCACUGCCAUUACUAUUGCAAUAAGAGAAUUACUCAAACCUUGAACAUCAAAUUUUACUGUGAUUGUGAAAAUGAGGUUUGUUUCUUAGUUGAUAAAAACUCUCUUACAAUGAUUUAAUAUUUGUAUAUUGUUGAAAUUUGUUGUGUUUGUUUUUCAAAUAUUUUUAAGACGAUUAACGUAAUUUACAUCAAUGAUGGACUAGAUGUAAACUGUAGGAAUUAAUGAAAAAUAUCCCCACUUAUUUAUUUAUUAUCAUGAAACAAACAUUACACGUGUAUGUUUUACAGACUUCGAUUUAAUCUUUAUCACAGCUGUGUUAACGUCAUAUUUUAACGACUAUUACUCUUAUAAAUAAUAAAACUCGAACACAUUUUCA